CAUAGUAACAAAAAUUUUUUCUUAUUUUUUUUUCAGACUAAAACGCCUCCUUUUAUUUUAUCAUUAUUUUCCCUUAUUUCUAAAAUGUGAGUGUUAAGUCCGCAGAGGAGCGCAUACCUUCACACACUGAGUGCCACCGCGGUUCAGUUCCGGUUAGCCUUCUCGCCCCCUUUCCCCCGUCUUCAAAUGGAAAUGAUUUCCAUUGGCCCAAGGUGUCCAUGUAAAUAGGUGUAAAUGAAACCAGAUUAUGCCUUUCCUCCCGACUCAACCCUCCUCCUCCUCCUCCCUCCUCCUCCCAUGGCGAUUGUCAUGUGAUAGCAAAGAGGUGGCACAUUAAUGGAGCGCCUCUACAGGGGUCUUUUCUGCUCAUGUCACCACAUAAAACUAUCAGAUGGUUAGAGGGAGGCCAUGGAGGCGUACACCAGGGCCAGUCUCGUCAAGGAGGCCGAAUGAUUCAAGCUCUGCUGCAGCCGGGACGAGCUGACGAGAGAGACUUUUGUUCGCGCACCCAGCCGCCUCGCUUCCUAAAUGCGCACAGAGGCGCCGCUUUUUACGCACGGCUUUUUACGCAACGCUGAAACUUUUUUCUUUUCUUUUCUUUUCUUUUUUUCUUUUCCCGCAGCAGUUGUUUUCAUGACAAGCAGUGCGCCUUUUUCCCAAGGAACUAAGGGGAGUUAUUUCCUUCUGUUGAAACCCAUUCCUUUUUACUGAACUCAUCUCGAGAUGCCUCGUCCAGGGAGGAACACGUACAGCGACCAGAAGCCCCCUUACUCCUACAUCUCCCUGACUGCCAUGGCGAUCCAGAGCUGCCCGGAGAAGAUGCUGCCCCUCAGCGAGAUCUACAAGUUCAUCAUGGAUCGGUUCCCUUAUUACAGGGAAAACACGCAGCGGUGGCAGAACUCGCUGCGCCACAACCUGUCCUUCAACGACUGCUUCAUCAAAAUCCCGCGGCGCCCGGACCAGCCAGGUAAGGGCAGCUUCUGGGCUCUGCACCCCAACUGCGGGGACAUGUUCGAGAACGGGAGCUUCUUGAGGCGCCGCAAGAGGUUCAAGGUGUUGGCCGCCUCCGACCACCUGGGCCCCAGCAAGCAGCAGUCGGACGCGGCGCAUUACCUCCAGCAGCAAGCCAAGCUGAGGCUGAGCGCGCUGGCGGCCACCGGCACGCACCUGCCCCAGAUGUCCACCUACAACCUGGGCGUGUCCCAGUCGUCCACGUUCAAGCACCCGUUCGCCAUCGAGAACAUCAUCGCGCGCGAGUACAAGGUCCCCGGGAGCCUGGCGUUCUCCACCAUGCAGUCCAUGUCCGCCGGGUACCCGCUGCACAACCAGCUCACCACGGCCUGGCCCCACAUGUACAACAGCGGCGUGAUGGACACCGCGGCCCCCAUCUCCAUGGCCGGCGGCGACUACAGUGCCUACGGGGUGCCCAUCAAGUCCCUGUGCCACGGGGGCCAGUCGUUGCCGGCCAUCCCCGUGCCCAUCAAGCCCACGCCGACGUCCAUGCCGGGCUUCUCGGCGCUGCCCCCCCACAUCCCCGCCUUCCUGUCAAACUCUCCGCAGAGCCUGAGCCCGACCUCCCCACAGACAGCGACGAGCCAAAGCAGCCCCGCGACCCCCAGCGAGACUCUGACGAGCCCCACGUCCACGCUGCAGUCCGUGGCUGUGCACUGACCGCUCUCACUGACACCCACCCACCCCUCCUCCUCCUCCUCCUCCCCAUCAUCUUCAUCAUCCUCUCCGACGCCCCCCCCUUAAACCCAAAGUUUAUAUUUUCUGGAAACUAUCAAGGCGAGUCGCAGCUUCAUGUCGACUUUCUUUGUGUUGUGUUGAAUGUGUCGCUUUAAAACCGUGUCCAAGUCCAGCACAGACAGAACUAUUGCUCUUGAAAAGAUAAAUUAUUUGACAAGUUUUUUUAUUAUUAUUGUUAUUAUUAUUAUUAUUGUAGAAGUGUUAAUAAUAAGGGCAAGUUGUUUGGUAUAUUUGGGCAAAACGUUUGCACCGUUUCUGUGGGACCAGCUGUUUCUAUGAACUUACAAAACAAACGACUCGGUUCUGGUUUUUAUUAUUUUUGCCUCGGAACACUGACAUGAUGGUUCAAAAAUAUACCAAAUAGGAUUUAGGUUUGUUCUUUAUCACCAUCAGUGCAAAAAGAAGCAAAACUGACAUCUUUUUUCCCCUCCAACACUGAAAAUCGGUUAUUUGUCCUGAAAAAUGUAAGAUGUGAAUAUUGCAAACUGAUAUUGAAAAUGUUGUAAAAUAAUUUGAAACGAUGCACUUUUUAGUUUGAAAUAUCUAUUUUACAGAAACGAACGAACUAAAAAAAAGGGAAAUGAAAAAAUCAAUUUCUGUGAAGCAUUUAAUUUAAAAGCUGUGGUGACCAUGUGUGUCAGAUGCUGUAAAUUUGUACUUUUUUUUAGGUAAAGCAUGUAUUCUAAAAAAAA